UUUGCCAAACAAGCGCGAGAACAGCAGAAUAAUCCAAAAUAUACGGGGGGAAUGCAGUGAAGGAAAGAUUUCCUAGAUGUGUAAGAAUUCAGAAAAAUUAUCAGUAAAAUGCACUCGUGUAAGAUGUUAACAGCAGUGUUAAAAUGUGUUGGGGAUCUGCUCAAAGUUCCUGUAAGUUAUGCGACACUAAAUCGCAGUGUAGUAUGUACAAGCAGUACUGAAAAGAGAAGAAGAAGAAAAAAGAAGUCCUGGGUUCCAGGUGGAGAAGCUCUGUCUCUGGAGGAAAGAUUAGCUGAUACAGUGACCCCUUUAUGGCGACUGAGUUAUGAGGAGCAGCUUCAGUGGAAACAGGAACAACAGCACAAGAUCUUACUUCAGAUGGCAGAUCACCUGGCACAGGACUCAUCUCUGGCAUCCAGUAAAGGAGAGCUUCCUUUUCCUGUCCUGCCCAUAGUGCCUUCACCAGUGAGGAAUGGCUACCGCAAUAAAUCCACCUUCUCGGUCAACAAAGGAGUAGAUGGAGAUCCAAAAACUGUAGGAUUCUACAUUGGCACUGGGAAAGGAAGAAACAUUGUCUGUAUUCGUAGUGACCACCUUCCUAACAUGCCAUCAAAGCACAAUCUGGUGGGAAGGUGUUAUGAGGAUUUUAUACGUGCUUCACCACUGAAACCAUGCAUUUUGUUUCAUGAUGGUGGACAUUGGAGAGAAAUUACAGUGAGAACAAACUCUGCUGGUAACACAAUGGCCAUAGUAUAUUUCCAUCCACAAAACCUAAGUCCUGAGGAGAUUGAUGUCCAUAAAGCAUCUCUUGUAGAAUAUUUCACAAAAGGUCCAGGAACAGUUUGCCAACUGGACUCUCUUUAUUUUCAGGAAAGCACCAUGACCCGCUGCAGUCAUGAAGAUUCUCCAUACCAGCUGCUGUAUGGGGAGCCCCAUAUCUACGAGGAGAUCCUUGGCUUCAAGUUCCGCAUCUCUGCUGAUUCCUUCUUUCAGGUGAAUAGAGGUGCAGCAGAGGCCCUGUACAUGACUGUAAUGGAACUGAACAAGGCCAAUGAAAAGGGAACUCUACUGGAUGUGUGCUGUGGUACAGGAGCCAUUGGCAUUUCAUUAUCCCCAAGAUUGAAGAAGGUCAUUGGGAUUGAACUGAUUGAGCAGGCUGUAGAGGAUGCACAAUAUAACGCAGCACUAAAUGAUGUUCAUAACUGUGAGUUUAUAUCAGGAAAAGCAGAGAUUGUUCUUCCUAAACUGAUACCCACACUGCACUCUGAGGGAGCACUCACAGCUGUUGUGAAUCCAUCCCGGGCAGGCCUGCAUUAUAGAGUAAUCCAAGCCCUGCGCAAUCAUCCUAACCUACAAAGACUUAUCUAUAUAUCCUGCAAGCCAGAAGGAGAAGCAAUGCGGAAUUUCAGGGAACUUUGUGGAAAGCCCGAUUUAAAGAGAAAGCUCAUCGGAGAGCCCUUCAAACCAAAGCUUGCUAUUCCUGUGGAUAUGUUUCCACACACACCUCACUGUGAACUGGUGCUUGUUUUGGAACGAUAAACAAUAAAGUGUAAUAAACUUACAAAAACAGCUAUAACAUAUACAUGGAUUAAAGUUUUCCGUCGCUACGACGGGUUUCCGUCAACUGGGAGCGCUAAAGGUCAAUAAUGAGAUUGAUGCAGAUCCGAGGGGGAAAAGGGGGGGGUAGGCCCAUAGGUCUGACACCGAUGUGAUUUAGAACUUCACCAAGCUGCUGUGAUUGCCUGUUGUUGAACCCUUUCUUGUGCUAUGUUUGAGUAUAUGUAAAGGAAUAAGUUGUUGUGCUAGAUAGGCAUAAAUAAAUAAAUACAGCCUACGCUACUGUCUAGUCCCGGGGAGGCUAGGCGUAGGCCACUGAUGAAACAAUUUGGCUGUCCUACUACUAGGCAAUUACUUGCCUACUACUAAUACUAGGCCUAUUGUAGUAGUAGUAGUAGUAGUAGUAAUAAUAUUAAUAAUUAAAGCCGCUAGCGGCCUUGACGGGCCCUCGCACGUGUGGUUCCACAGCCCAGGACAUCCCGCCACCCAACAAAACAGUCACAUGUCAUAUAUUCAUCAAAUGUUCAAAGGUGAUGUGCAUUUUGCAAAUGCCAUGACUGCUUGAUGGAUGAGAGAUAGACAGACAAAGACUGUGUGUUUCUGUAGUGUGAAAAUGUACAUAUAUAUAUAAUGUAUAAAACUGUACAUGUGUCUCCUCCUUAUCUCUAUCUCACGCUGUAAUCUUAAGUCAUCUUAGCUUUCCUGUGUCUGCAGUGUGUGUGUGUGUGUACAUGCAGAGUUUUCAUAUGUCUGCAACAAAAUGCACAAUGAUGGCAGGUCACUAAUAUAUAGAUUUAGGCACUGCCUAAAAGCGGAGCUCCCAUCUGUUUCUGGGUUGUAAAAUUUUCUUAUAUCCAA